AUGAUGGACGUAAACCUCUCAUACGGCGAUCUUGGAACCCAGCCGCUUGCGUCGGUAGUGAAAAAUCCUGCGCUCGUUCGCUCGCUCAACUUGUCUGGUAACAACAUUGACAAGGAGCUGAGCAUUGAGAUAGCUAACACGUACAUUAGCUGCAUGGUGAACUUGGAGGAGCUCGAUCUCAAAGACAAUAAAAUAGGCCCCCAAGGCGCAAAGCAUCUUUGCGACACCCUCUUGAAGCACUGUUCCAAGUUGAAGUAUCUCGACCUCAAUGAAAAUGGCAUUCUUGACGAGUCACUUCUGUAUGUGGCUUAUUUACUACAAGAGAAGCGCCUGGAAUCGCUUUUCUUGGUAUCGAACCACCUGACCCAACGGGGCAUGCCUACUCUUUGCGACGGCAUUCUUUCGAGCCGACAUAUUCGAGAACUGACAUUAGCAUUCAAUGUUCUUGGUGACGGAGGCGCCUCCGUGGUCGCCAAAGCCUUGAGGGGGCACCCUUCACUACGUUCACUAGAUAUCAGCGAUAACCGCAUUGGUGAUGCGGGGGCGGUAGACGUGGCUGCGCAUCUUAUUCUGCCACGCGAAUCGCGUCUGGAGUCGUUGAACCUCUCCGUCAAUUGUAUCCGUGACGUGGGCUUUUCUGCCAUUUCUGAGGCGGUGAGAAACACGCAGAGCAGGCGGCUGAUUCACUUGGACCUUGGAGGCAACCACGAGGUUGGAUCCGAUGGGCGAGGCGCGUUGAUUAAAUGCGUGGAAUCGAUGAGACACCUUCAGUCUCUGGACUUGUGCUCCUGUGGGCUUUCCGACGAAGAGGGGUGGGGACUUGUGGGGGCCGUUUCCUCACGCAACUGCGGAAUUACGGCAAUUGAAUGGUUCAACAAUCCGAAAAUGCGGCCCGAGACCGAGAAGGCGCUUUACGAGGCACUGAAGGCGAAGAGGGCUGCUGCGCGGGAUGCAGAACAACAUUGGCGUCAGUUGAAGAUUUUUUCCAGCGUUUUGUUGGGUGCCACUUUGCUGACGGGCCUCACCGUUGCGUUUCAUCAGAGACGCCAUCGAUAA